AUGGGAAGGUUGACCAUUUACGGUCCCUUCAAUCAUUCCACUUGCUUCAUUUCUUCUCCUGCAAUUAUUCUGGAGAUGAGACCUAUUUUGUUUUGUUCUCUAAUUGCGAGUAAAAAUAUCUUUUUCUCUUUUUCAAUCUCUUUUGCUCUCAUUAACAAUUUGAAUAGGCCCAUCAUCAGUGAAUCUUCUCUUUCGUGUUGUCUGCUACGUUUCUGGAUUCGACUGAAUAAAUUGAUAAACAAACACAUUUCAGGAAUGAACCGCAUAUCGGAAAUCGAGAACAUCCUACAUCGAUUGAUAUUGAUCGAUGAGACAAGCUUAAUUGUGAAUAGCGAUUGGAACGACGUCGCUGACGACAUCGUUCGUAAACUCAACAUGGUCAGAGCACAGUGUUAUCGUCCCCUAUCACCGCGUUCCUUGGAAUGUUCCCCACGGCCGUCUACGUCACCGCGACUGCUUGACUUGACACCUCCAGCGAGCACGCUGAGCUCAGCAGCCAGUGAAAUCUCCGAAAUGCCAACAACCUGUUCUACGGAUAUCUCAUAUCAAAGUGCUGCUCAUGCUUUCAACCGAGAAAUCUUCUCACGAUGUGUUCAGAUAGUUGAAGCAGCCGACAAACAGGGACAUAUUGAAAUACAAAUGAUCACACUUGCCCAUCACUCCUAUAUCGCUAUGGUCAACGAAGCCGAUAAGACAGAAGACGCGUUGAAGCUGGCUACGUGGUGGAAUAAGUUUCUCGAAGGUGUCGAAUGCGGUCGUCCCAAUGCCGAAGUAUUGGAAGUGCUUGAAAUGCGAGCUACAGCUUUGCAGAGCCUUAUCGAACUUGACGACGUUAACCGUGACGCUCUUGUCCAGAAACUGAUUGAUAUCCUAGUGAGGAGCUAUAAGGUAAGACCUAAUUGGUUCUUGGUGCAUCCCGUUCAAUACUAG